AUGGCAAUCAAAAGCGUCGCGAUAAUUGGUGCUGGCCCAGCAGGCGCCAUUGCCGUGGACGCCCUAGCGCAAGAAAAGGCAUUCGAUGUAAUCCGCGUCUUUGACCGACAAGAAAAGGCAGGCGGAUGCUGGGUCUCAAGAGACGAUCAACCGCCUCAGCACUUCGACCUGGACGGUCUAUCUGCUCGAACGGCUGAUAAGCCGCUGUCUAUCCCGGCGAAGCUGCCAUGCCGCACCAGCGUAGUCUCCCAGGACCGGUUCACGGAUUCGCCCGUGUACCCGACGCUGGAGACCAACGUGGACGCAGGCGCCAUGUCAUUUUCGCAAGAGGAUAUUCCUACUGUGCGCUCUGAGUGGUCUAUUCAGCGACAUGGUGCGGAUACGCCGUUCCGGCAUCAUUCUGUUAUUAGGCAGUAUGUUGAGGAUCUUUUUGUGGCGAAGGGGUAUGACGGGCUUGUAUCGUUUGAUACUACCGUUGAACUGGCUGUUAAGGGCGCGGAUGGGAAGUGGACUCUUACACUGAGGCGGACGGAAGCUGAUACGGAGAAGGAAGGGGGCCAGUCUGAUUAUUGGUGGCAGGAGGUUUUUGAUGCUGUUGUCGUUGCUUCGGGGCAUUAUGCUGUUCCUUAUAUCCCCGCCAUCCCUGGCUUGAAUGAGUUUGCGUCACGGUAUCCGGGCAGUGUGGAGCAUACGAAGCAUUAUCGGGGCCCGGAGAAGUACAUUGGCAAGAAAGUGAUUACUGUCGGGGCGUCGGUCUCAGCUGCCGAUACUGCUGUCAGUUUGAUUGAUAGUGCGCAGACUCCGGUUAUUGCCGUUGUGCGUGGUCGGUAUAACAUGUAUUUUGGCGAUGAGGCCUUUCAGCAUCCCAAAAUUCAACGGAGGCCACCUAUCUCGCACAUCACAAGUGAGAAUGAGCUCAAAACGGUGUAUUUCGAGGAUGGAACUUCCGAGACUGGAGUUGAUCAUCUCAUAUUUGGAACUGGCUUCAGCUGGACUCUGCCUUUCCUGCCUCAGGUUGCUACUCGGAAUAAUCGUGUCCCGGAUUUAUACCAGCAUGUCUUCUAUAGACACGACCCGACACUGGUCUUUGUGGGGGCUGUCGGCGCUGGAUUGACCUUCAAAGUCUUUGAAUGGCAAGCUGUUGCUGCCGCCCGCGUUUUGGCUGGCAAGGUCACUCUGCCCCCACUAGCAGAGCAGGAGAAAUGGGAAAGUGACCGCAUCGCCCUGAAGAGCGAUGGACCCGGGUUCACCGUGCUCAAUCCCGAGUUCGAAGCCUACUUUGAGGAUCUUCGACUCCUUGCGGGAGAACCGGCCGCUGGCACGCCAGGGCGACGCCUACCUCGGUUCGAGCAAAAAUGGGUGGAUGACUUCAACGCCGGCCACGAUCGCAGAAAGAAGAUGUGGCGCAAGGCUAAUCAAACCGCACGUCUGUAG